AUGUAUUCAAGAGGCAGUGGGUAUGGGCAGCAAGCUUAUGGUGGGCAGUCGAGCUACGCACAAAGUUUAGGAAACAACUACUCUGGUAGCUCUGUUGCAGGAGCUGAUUCAACUUCUCAACAUUCCUUGGCUUCUAGACAUCCCUCACUGCUGAGUGGUUCUCAAGAAGCAGAUCUCGGUGGGUACAAAAGCUCAGUUUCAGGGUAUGGGGGGCAAUAUGCAGGUGUCUAUGGUUCAAAUGGUGUUAGCGCUACCCAACCGGUGACCUCAGUGAGUAGCAAGGGGAGUGGGCCAUCGGCUUUGGAAGGUCGUGGUGGCUAUUCACCCAAAUUUGCAGCUGGCGAAUAUGUUCCCUCGUCAAACCAUGUGUAUGGUCACAAAACUGAGCAAUUAUAUGCAGACAAGCUCAGUGAUUACACUGGAAUAGACCGAAGACAAUAUGGUGAACGACAUAGUUCAUAUAUUGGUAGGGACUUGCAAACUGAUCCAGCUUCCCGAUAUGCAGAUUCUGUUGGCUUUGGUCAUCAGACUGAGAGAUAUGACCGUGGGGAUCAAUCAUCAAUUCUCCGGCAAGAACAACUGUUAAAGCCACAGUCAAUGCAUUCUUCGUCGCUUGAUGGGGGUGCCAGACCAAUCGAUUACCUUGCAGCGAGAGGUGCUUCUGCUAGCCGUCAUCUGAACCAGGAUCUCGUUGUGUCUUAUGGAGGAGGAAGAGUGGACGCUGAUCCUCGAGGCUCCUCAAUUCUUAAUAAUGCUUCUUAUAGUGGACAGCAACAUGCUUCGUCCAUUCUAGGGGCAGCUCCACGAAGAAACGUUGAUGAUCUUUUGUAUUCUCAAAGUUUGUCGAACCCAGGCUAUGGUGUUAGCCUCCCUCCUGGUAGAGAUUAUGGUUCAGGAAAAGGGCUGCUGCAUGGAGCAUCACUUGAGCCAGAGUAUCGCCCUCUUCAUCCAAGGCUUGACGAUCGAAGGGAUGAAAGAGCUGGUUAUCUUCGGGAGUUCGAGCUGCGAGAGGAGGAACGCCGUCGAGAUUUCUUGCGCGAGAGGGAAAAAGAAAGGGAGAAGGAACGAGAGCGGGAAAGAGAGAGGGAAAGGGAGCGUGAACGUGAAAGAGAACGGGAAAGAGAACGGAGGCGCGAUAGGGAGCGUAUGUUGGAGCGACGGGAGAAGGAAAGGGAGCGGAAGCGUGUAAUUGAGAUUAGACGUGAACGAACUCCACCAAGACCAUCCAGGGAUCCUCGUGGGUCCUCUUUGACAAGGGAGGGGGGACGAUCUUCACGACGUGAUUCCAUUAGCCAAGAAGCUUCGCAUAGGCGUCAUUCUUCACCUGUUAAAGAUAAAAGGAGGGAAUAUGUCUGCAAGGUACAUGGUUCCUGUUUGGUAGACAUAGAUAGGGACUAUUUAUCACUGGGUAUAAGGUAUCCCAGACUCUUUGUAUCACCAGAACUUUCCAAGGUUGUUGUUAACUGGCCAAAGGAGAACCUUAAACUUUCGCUACACACCCCUGUGAGUUUUGAGCAUGAUUUUGUUGAAGAUGAAAAAGUUUUAGAGUCGAAGGAUCUCUCCAUCAAGCUUCUGGGGCAUCAUCCUGCUAAAUCUGAGAAUGGGUCCCGAGUGUGGAAUGCAAAGAUAAUUUUAAUGAGUGGAGUAAGCAAGAGUGCUUUUGAGGAGCUGUCGUCUUCUAAGAUGGCUGAUGAUCGUCCAGCCCAUCUUUCUAACAUCCUUAGAUUUGCAUUGGUGAAAAAGGAUCGUGCUUUCAUGGCAAUUGGUGGUCCCUGGGACCCUGUUGAUGGUGGCGACCCAGCUGUUGAUGAUUCUCCUUUAAUUCAAACAGCCCUUAGAUAUGCAAAGGAUGUAACUCAACUUGAUCUGCAGAACUGUCGUCACUGGAAUCGUUUUCUUGAGAUACACUAUGACAGAUUUGGAAAGGAUGGCUCUUUUAGCCACAAAGAGGUCACUGUUCUAUUUGUUCCAGACUUGUCCGAAUGUCUUCCUUCAAUUGAUACAUGGCGAGAUCAAUGGCUUGCCCAUAAGAAGGCCGUUGCCGAGAGGGAGCGUGAGCUUUCUUUGAGAAAGGAGAGAACUGGAGAAAAGAAGGAAGGGUCAAAAGGCAAGGGACAUGACUCUGCGAAAGAUACUAAGAAAAUAACCAAACCAGAUAUGGUGAAGAAAUCUGCUGCUGCUUCUAGUGCCAACUUAAGGGAGAGAGAAGGAAAUGAUUCCAAAGACAAAAUGGUUCCUGAGAAAGAUGAUGAGAAUGAGAAGUCUGGGAAACAAUCUGAAAAUGAUCUUAGGAAUAAAGAGAAGGAUGAUGCUGAGAAGGAAGCCAAGGUUGAACCUUCAAGUACCAAGGCGGCUGCUGGUGUCAAGACUGGAAAGAAGAAAAUUGUUAAAAGGAUUGUUAAGAGGAAAGCAGUUGCUAAGUCGGUUGAUACUGCCAAUGCAGCAACAAGCGAUUUGCCAAGUGGGAAGGAUGUUGGAGACAAACCUGCUGAUAGUGAAGAUAAGGGCCUGCAGCCUGAAGGGAAGGCUGAGUUGGUGACACCUCAGUCUGUUGAGGAUAAACCCAAGGAUAAGUCGGAUCCCAACACCGUAGCGACAGGGUCACCUGUUAGUGUGAAAACAGCUGUGAAGAAGAAAAUUAUCAAGAGGGUGCUUAAGAGGAAGCUCACCAACAGGGAAGCUACUGAGUCUGAGGGAACUGUUGGGUCUGCUUCAAAGGAAGAGAAGACGGUAGCUCAAGUAGUUAAGGAAGUGGAAAGUGCAGGUAACCAAGUAUCAGCAGAGAUUGAGAAUGACAACAAGGUUAAAGAGUUAAAGGAGAAAGAAACUCCUACAAAAUCCUUGAAAUCACCAGAGAAUAAAGCAAGUUUGCCAAAGUCGACAAAUAAAACAGACAGCAAAGCCAUAAAGGAAGACAAGGAUGAAAAGACACCCGAAGGGGAAAAUGGCACAGGCAAUAGAGCCGAGGGUAAGGCUGACAACCAAAAGGGUGCUGAGAAGGAUAAUCAUACGGCUGCCAAGAAAGGAAGAUCAGUGGACGGAGAGAAAACAAAGGACGAGAAAAAGGACAAAGAUGGGAAAAAUGAGACGAGGAGUAAAUCUCCUAAAGAAGUGAAAGAGAAGAGAAAGUCUGAAGACCCUCCUAAACACCCUGGAUUAAUUUUGCAAACAAAAUGCGACAAACAAACUAUGCUGUACUCAUUAUCACUUUCUUUGGACUCACUUUUGGAUUACACGGACAAGGACACUGACGAAUCAACAGUGGAGCUUUCUUUAUUUGCCGAGUCCCUACAUGAAAUGCUUCAGUAUCAAAUGGGUUGCCGUCUAUUAGCAUUCCUUCAGAAACUGCGCAUAAAAUUUGUUGCUAAAUGGAAUGAACGGAAAAGGCAACUAGAGGGAAAUGAUCCUAAGGACAAAGAUGACAAAUCGUCGACAAAGCGCCUUAAAACCAGUGAGGCUACUUUGAAGAAUGAAUCUGAUGCUGAAGUUUUGAAUCCAACCAAUGAACCUGAUCAACAAAAAGAUGAGGAGGCUUCUGCUCCUCAAGAUGAGGUAAAGCCUCAAGAUGGCACAGAUGACUAUGAGGAAGAGCCUGAAGAAGAAGAAGAAGAUCCAGAAGAAGAUCCGGAACCACCUGAAGAGAAUGAUGAAGAAAUGGAGGAUCCUGAGCAGAAUAUGAUUACUGAGAAUGACAAAGAGGAAACUAAAACUACCAGUGUUGAUGAUGCUGCUCAUGGAGUGGUGGCUGUCAAUGAAACUGGUGGUGAGGAUGGUGACGCGAAGAAACCUGUGUUGGCAAAAGCCAAGCCUGAGUUGGAUUCUGCAACUGAGAAAGGAGGUGUAGAAGUAGAGAUGAAGGGGGAGAAAGGGAAAGAUUCUUCGACUGCGAAGGAGCCAGUUGUUGUUGAUAAGGAGCUGUUGCAGGCUUUCAGGUUUUUUGAUCGGAAUAGGGCCGGGUUUGUUAGGGUAGAAGACAUGAGGGUUAUCAUCCACAAUCUGGGGAAGUUCCUUUCUCACAGAGAAGUGAAGGAACUUGUUCAAAGUGCAUUGCUGGAGAGCAACACCGGGAGGGAUGAUAGGAUCCUUUAUCCCAAGCUGGUGAAGAUGAACCUCUCUUAG